AUGAACGAUGGUCCACAGCAACCUCAUCAAAUAUAUCCAAAGCCUCCAUCAGUUACAGCAGACGAUGCAUAUAAAGGAAUAUCCGGUUCAAUGUUGGGUAUGGCAAUCGGUGAUGCAACGGGAGCUCAUGUAGAGUUCCGACCGCGUUCGUAUUUGCAACAACAUCAAGUAACAGAUCUUGUGGGCGGUGGUACGUGGGGAUUAAAGGCUGGUCAAUGGACAGAUGACACCUCUAUGGCGCUAUGUUUGGCUGCCAGCCUCAUUAUUAAACAAGGCUAUAAUGCCUAUGAUCAACUUGUGAGAUAUAAAUGGUGGUGGAAAGAAGGGUAA